AUGAGAAGAAAGAGAGAAAAGGACGGGAACACACGUAGCAGAGAGGACAGGAACACAAGGAGCAGAAAGAGCAUGAGAAGAAGGAAACACAAAGGACAGGAACACAAGGAGCAGAGAGGCCGGGAACGUGAGGAGCAGAAAGGACGGGAACCCAAGGAGAAGAAAGGAAAAGUCGUGGAAAGGCGAGCACGGGAAAAUGAGGAGAAGAAGAGAGAAAAGAGCAAGACAGGGAUAUCAGAGGAGCAGCAGGAGGAAUGGAAUGGAGUGAGUAGCAGGGCAGGAGAGGGAAUGCAGGAGGAGGAGGAGGACGAAGAUGAAGAAGAGAUGCCGCCAUUUUGUUAA